UGUCGCGAUCGAACACGCAUGCCAUGUUUUGGAACAAUAAGGUGUUCUCAAAAUAAUAUAUGGAAAAAUGAAUGCAUUUCCGUAAACUUCCUUGUUUAUAGGUCUGUCCAUUAAAUAAUCUAAAUAUAUCGCCGGAGGAAACGAAACCUAAAGCUGCACAUCGUCCGCGUAGACUACGUGAGCCGCGGAGCCGAAACGUGAAAAAUGAAAACAGACAAAGGGGACAUUGACGAUAUUCUUAGUAUCUGGUGGCAAGGAGGCGGGGCUAGGAUGCUAGCUCAGAAGUGAUGCAAGUGCUGCGGGUACGGGACCGUGAUGAGAGCCGAAGCCAAGCAGGUUCAGCCCACCGAAUGCAAUACGAACGGAUCUUACUAGAAGGGCUCUGUUUCGUGAGAUUAUUCGGGCCCAAACACAGAAAGGAAUAACCUACACCGUGUGCUUCGCGUCGGUGUGGUUGAGACUGUCGCGUAUAAACCGGAGGGUCGACGGCCGGGGACUUACUUCUGUAACCUGAUAUUAUGCCUAGUGCGGGACCGACGAUAUCAGGACACGCUUGGAACAAAGCAUUGGUUCUGAAAACAGUCGGCGACUGGGAAGCCAGCCAUGGUUGACCCAUCGGAAGCGGAAGAGCAGGGGAAAGGCAAAGGACCCGGGUUCGAGACGCCCAGCGCGGCCUCCGAAGCGCCGUGCAUGCCCGAGCAGAAUGGGAGCGGGGGGGUGGCGGCGGGGGCGGCGGGGGCGGCGGGGGCCAUGGAGGAGGAGGGGGGCGUGGAGAGCAGCCUGGGCAUGGCUCCACCACCCCCCCAGCCGUCACCGUCGCCGUUGCCGUCGCCGCCCCCGCCUUCCGUCCAAGGCCCUCCCCCGCCCCAACCCCCCCAGGGCCGGGAGCGGGAGCAGUCCCCCAAGCUGCACCUGGACCUGUACAACUUCGACUCGCCGGCGGCGGAGGGCAGCCGCUACGUGCUGACCAGCCCGCGCUCCCUGGAGGCGUGCGCCCGCUGCGGCGUGAAGCCCGUGGAGCUGCUGCCCCGCCCGCUGGCCGACUUCGCCCGCGAGGCGCCGGGCCGCUCCAUGCGCGUGGCCACCGGCCUCUUCGAGGUGCACGAGCGGGACCGCCACGCCAAGCUCAAGCAGUGCCGCGAGGAGCGCGAGAAAAUCGUCCGGGAGGAGAAGAGGCGGAUUCUGAGCCUGACCGCGGCCGGUGGCGGCGGUGGCGGCGGCGGCGGCAGCACUUCCUCCAGCCCUCCGGAAGGUACCCCGGGUUUGGCCAGCUCUGGCCAGGCCUCUAAAACGGGCCCGAGUGACCCCGGUCAACCUUCUAAAAGCAUCCCGAGAAGCUCAGGUCAACCUCCUACCACCGUCCCCCUGAGCUCAGCUGCACCACCUAAACCUGCCGUCAGCGAUUCUGGGAAACACGCCAAGCCGCUUCCCGCGGCGUCCGAGCUUCAGUCGAAAACCCUGCCCUCCGCUCAGUCCCCCGCAGCCGCCUCGAUGUCGAGAAGUCUGACCUCCAAACCCGUCACGGGACAGGCGGCCACGCGGGUGUCCGGCAGCAGAUCCGCCAACACGUUCCCCAGAUCGACCCCAAAGCCGGCCUCCGCGUUCCCCAGGACCCCGACCGCCGCCACGCCGACCGCGGUCUCCGGGACGACCGCGGCGUCCGUCAACGGCCUGUCGGCUGCCGCGUUCGCGCAGACCAACGGCCUCCCGUCCUGCCAGCCCCGGAAGCGGGGGAAGAGCCAUUCGCUGGAGUCCCUGCAGCGGCGGCGGGACACCGCCUGCUCCUCCACCACCACCACCACCACCACCACCACCGCCACCACCACGCGCACCUCCUCGGAGUCCGGCGCCUCCUCCUCCUACAGCUGGGAGGGGCCGCGGGGCCGCGACCGCUGGGCCAAGGCCUCCAGCCCCCGGGCCCGCACCGUGGCGGCCUUCAACUCCCUGAUGGGCCGCAGCCUGAGCCUGGGCGACCUCAGCCACUCCCCGCAGACCACGCAGAAGGUGGAGCGCAUCGUCCGGGAGGUGAAGCGGCGGGGCCUGAAGUCGGUGUCGGAGCGCGACCGCAAGAUCGCGGCGCUGAUGCUGGCCAAGCACCAGGAGGAGGACAUCAUGAGCCAGACGCGCUACGUGGCGCACCUGCAGUGGGACAGCGAGCGGCGGCUGGAGGAGCUGCGGCGGGAGCGGGAGGACCGGGAGAAGCAGCGCGCCGUGCAGCACUGCCAGCGGGCGUGGCACUCGCAGGUGUCCAGCCGCCAGCGCCGCCUCACCCAGCAGGAGCGCGAGGCGGCCGCCGCCAAGCUGCGGCAGGCGGAGGAGAGCGAGGGGCGCUGGCGCGAGCUGGCGGAGCAGCAGGAGCGCAGCCGGCAGCAGCGGCUGCGGCAGGCCGCGCAGGAGGAGCGCCAGAAGAAGCAGCUGCAGGAGCAGAACCUGCGGGCGCUGGAGGAGGAGCGGGCGGCCGUGCAGGAGCAGGAGCAGCUCCUGCUGCGGGAGAAGCUCUCCAUCGCCGAGCUGAAGAAGCAGGAGCGCGAGCACCAGGUGCAGGAGGAGCGGCGGGGGCUGAACCGCGCGGAGAAGCGCCGGCACGCCGCCCUGCGCCGGGAGAUCGCCCGGCGGGAGGAGGAGGAGCGCGAGGCCGCCCGCCGGGCCAUGGAGGAGAAGCUCAGCCGCUCCUCCGAGAACUACGAGCAGAUCGUGGAGCGGCGGGAGCGGGAGCUGAGGGAGAAGGCCCGGCGCGAGGAGCAGCAGAUCCAGAAGGCCCGGCGGGCGGCCGAGCGGCGGGAGCGGCAGCAGCAGGAGCAGCAGGAGGCGCGGGCCAGGGAGGCGGAGCGGCGGGCGCAGCAGGCGGCGCAGGUGGCGGAGGAGCGGGCCAGGGAGAAGGCGCAGCGGGCGGUGCAGAGCCGGCAGGAGAAGGAGAAGCUCCAGCGGCUGAACCGGCAGCGGGUGGAGGAGGAGGAGCAGCAGCGGCGGCUGGAGCUGCUGCAGUCCAUCGAGCGCAAGCUGGAGAAGAGCGAGCAGAUCUUCCGGGAGAAGCGGGCGGUGCUGGAGAGCGCCCGCUCUGUGGCCCGCGCCUCCUUCCACGUGCGGGACCGCGUGCGCGAGGAGACCAACGUGCGCACCUUCGACAAGAUGGCCCUGGAGGCCCAGCUGAAGGCCAGCCUGGACGAGAAGUAGAGAGGCCCCGUCUCUCCCCGCCACCCCCGCCCCCCACGGAAGCAGACUGCUCCCAGACUCCCCCUGCUGGGGACGUGCUGUUAUUGCGGCUCCCUCCACGUGGGCCACGCCCUUACGCUA